CUUGCAAUCUCAGUUUUGUAUAUAAUCCAAUCUCAAUAUCAAGAUUCAUAAAACCUUCAAAUGAUCUAUCUCUUAGAUUAUGGAGCAGGAAAUGUACGCUCCUUAGCAAAUUCAAUUCAAAGCCUUGGUUUCGAAUACAAAUGGGUUACUUCACCAGAUGAUAUCACAAAAGCGACGAAACUGAUUUUCCCAGGUGUGGGCGCCUUUGGUCCAGCAAUGAAAGCGCUUCGUGCAAAAGGUUUCGCAGAACCUUUGAAACAGUAUAUUGCUUCUGGAAAACCUUAUAUGGGUAUUUGCAUUGGAAUGCAGGCUCUCUGUCUCUCAUCUGCUGAAAACCCUGAUGUUCCCGGUCUUGGAGUUAUUCCAGCUAACGUUAGCAUGUUUUCAUCUGCCACCAAAGCUGUACCACAUAUCGGAUGGAACAGUGCUAUUUCAAUCUCACCUCAAUCAAAUCACUCUCAUCAAUCAACCACACUGGAUUCAGCUGUUUACUUUGUACAUUCAUAUCGAGUUUCUUACACAACCGAAUUAGAUGCUUGGGCAAAUACUCUAACACGUUAUGGUGAUGAAGUAUUUGUGAGUAGCUUUCGACGUGGUAAUAUCUUUGCUACCCAAUUUCACCCGGAAAAAUCUGGAGCUGUGGGUCUUGAGAUCUUACGACAAUGGUUAUCAGAACCGAGUACGCCUCAAGUAUUGGAAGUCGGUUUGGAAUCUCGAACAACUAUCGAUCCUGAAGCUCUCACUGCUCAAACUGGUCUCAUGAAACGUAUUAUCGCUUGUCUGGAUGUACGAGCAAAUGACGAUGGUGACUUGGUGGUCACUAAGGGUGAUCAGUACGACGUUCGGGAGUCAACCACAAACCCAACUUCAAAUGGAAUAACAACGAAUUCGAAAGGAGAAGUGCGUAAUUUGGGUAAACCUGUUGAGCUUGCUCGUCGAUACUAUGUUGAAGGUGCCGAUGAGAUUACAUUCCUCAACAUCACAUCCUUUCGAGCUUGUCCACUUCAUGAUCAACCUAUGCUCAGUGUCUUACAGAAAGCUGCAGAGACGGUCUUUGUUCCAUUCUGUGUUGGAGGUGGAAUAAGGGACACGUUCGAUCCUGAUGGUACCAAGCGAACUGCUCUUGAAGUGGCUACUGAAUACUUUAGAGCUGGUGCUGAUAAAGUUAGUAUUGGAGGAGAUGCUGUUUUGGCUGUUGAGAAACUUUUGGCUGGCGAAUCGAUUGGAGAAACAUCUAUCGAAGCUAUCUCGAAAGUCUAUGGAAGUCAAGCUGUAGUGGUUUCUAUUGAUCCUAAACGCAUUUACGUUUCUCGACCUGAAGAGGUCCCGAUUGAACAUCAGUCUAGCGUGGUUGAUCUGACAGCUCCAUUAUCACCUACGGAUUCGACUAAUGGUGAUUGCAUCGAGGUUCCGACCGGUUUAGGGCCUAACGGCGAGAAGUUCUGUUGGUAUCAAUGUACCGUCAAGGGUGGAAGAGAACUACGACCGGUAGAUGUCGUACAACUUGCAACGGGUGUGAUGGCCUUAGGAGCGGGUGAAAUCCUUUUGAAUUCGAUUGAUCAAGAUGGAUGUAAAGCAGGAUUUGAUCUUCGACUGAUUCGACUUGUGAAACAACAUGUAUCUAUACCGGUGAUUGCAAGCUCAGGUGCAGGAAGAGUUGAACAUUUUCAACAAGUUUUCAACGUUACAGGAGCUGAAGCAGGUUUAGCAGCUGGGAUCUUUCAUCGUAAUGAAGUGAGCUUGUCUAGUGUUAAAGAACAUCUUAGUAAAUCAAACACUUUGGUAAGAUCAACUAGCUUGAUCAUACCAAGUUGAUAGAUCUUAUCUUUUGAGUAAGUAUACCCAGUUUUAAUGCAAGUUGCUAGAAUAAGUAUAUAGAAAUCUCAAUGUAAAAAUAAUCAUUCACUUUUUUUUCAUCUUGCAUAAAUAUUGGUUGCCAUUUUGAUUUUUAAAAAUGAUAUUACUCUCCUAUCUUCUGG